GAUCGCGGUCAUGUGAUGCACGUCCCCUCCUUGAUACUUCUAUUAUUAACAUUUUUUUAUCAUUUAUAUAGUAACAUCACAUGUUAUCUCUUGGGAGACGCAUUUGGCACCAAUUAUUCAUAUAUUGCUGACGUGGCAUACAGACGAAAUCAAAGAUUCAGAAGGCUAAAUAAAUACGUCACCAAACUAUCGAAUCUUCUUCAAUCCAUCCGCCAUUGCAAUGGCCGCGAAGCUCUCUCUCUCCUCCGUCUUAAUCGUUCUCUCUCUCUUCCUCUGCUUCUCAUCGUCAUCAUCUUCGUGGGAUGGCUUAGAAUCAUACAUCGUCCAUGUGCAGGGAUCUCACAAGCCUUCUCUCUUCUUCUCCCACAAGCACUGGCACAACUCUCUCCUCCGCUCCCUCCCAUCUUCUCCCCAACCGGCGACUCUCCUCUACUCCUACUCACGCGCCGUUCAUGGCUUCUCCGCGCGUCUCUCACCUUCCCAGACCUCCGCUCUCCGCCGCCACCCCUCCGUCAUCUCCGUUAUACCAGAUCAGGCGCGUGAGAUCCACACCACUCACACCCCUGCCUUCCUCGGCUUCUCCGAUAACUCUGGUCUCUGGAGCAACUCCAAUUACGGAGAAGACGUGAUCGUCGGCGUUCUCGAUACCGGAAUCUGGCCGGAGCAUCCUAGCUUCUCCGAUUCAGGUCUCGAUCCGGUUCCUUCUACAUGGAAAGGCGCGUGCGAGAUCGGACCUGAUUUCCCGGCGUCGUCUUGUAACCGGAAGCUCAUCGGAGCACGAGCGUUCUACAAGGGAUACCUAACGCAUCGGAACGGAUCAAAGCACGCAGAGGAAUCGAAAUCGCCGCGCGAUACAGCAGGUCACGGGACGCACACCGCAUCAACCGCGGCUGGAUCCGUUGUGGUCAACGCGAGUUUGUACCAGUACGCGCAGGGAGUGGCGCGUGGGAUGGCGUCGAAGGCUAGAAUCGCCGCUUACAAAAUCUGUUGGACUGGUGGUUGUUACGAUUCCGAUAUCCUCGCAGCGAUGGAUCAGGCCGUUGCGGACGGUGUCCACGUCAUCUCUCUUUCCGUUGGCGCUAACGGCUUCGCUCCGGAGUAUCACAAGGACUCUAUCGCGAUCGGAGCGUUUGGAGCGAUGCGUCACGGCAUCGUCGUUUCUUGCUCCGCCGGGAACUCAGGUCCUGGACCGCAAACCGCCACCAACAUCGCUCCUUGGAUCCUAACCGUCGGCGCAUCGACGGUGGAUAGAGAGUUCACCGCAAACGCGAUCACCGGCAACGGGAAAGUAUUCACCGGAACGUCGCUCUACGCCGGCGAACCUCUCCCCGAUUCUCAGAUUUCUCUGGUGUACUCCGGCGACUGCGGAAGCAGAUUGUGCUACCCCGGGAAGCUGAACUCAUCGUUGGUGGAAGGGAAGAUCGUUCUCUGUGAUAGAGGAGGAAACGCAAGAGUUGAGAAAGGAAGCGCCGUCAAGAUCGCCGGCGGAGCCGGCAUGAUUCUCGCGAACACAGCUGAAAGCGGCGAAGAACUCACCGCCGAUUCGCAUCUCGUCCCGGCGACGAUGGUCGGAGCUAAAGCCGGAGAUCAAAUCCGCGACUACAUUCAAAAGUCAAACUCUCCAACCGCAACGAUCAGCUUCUUGGGGACUUUGAUCGGACCAUCUCCUCCUUCUCCUAGAGUCGCAGCCUUCUCUAGCCGUGGACCAAAUCACAUAACACCGGUUAUUCUCAAACCGGACGUGAUCGCGCCAGGAGUUAAUAUAUUAGCCGGUUGGACCGGAAUGGUUGGUCCAACCGAUUUGGAUAUCGACCCGAGACGAGUCAAAUUCAACAUCAUCUCCGGUACAUCGAUGUCGUGCCCACACGUGAGCGGACUCGCCGCUCUCCUCCGCAAAGCUCACCCCGAUUGGUCCCCGGCGGCGAUCAAAUCCGCACUCGUGACAACCGCUUACGACACCGAAAACUCCGGCGAACCGAUCGAGGAUCUCGCCACCGGUGAAUCGUCGAACUCGUUCAUCCACGGAGCGGGACACGUGGAUCCGAACAAAGCGUUGAACCCCGGUUUGGUUUACGACGUCGACGCUAAAGAGUACGUCGCGUUCCUCUGCGCCGUGGGGUACGAGUUCCCGGGGAUUCUAGUGUUCCUUCAGGAUCCGAGUCUUUACGACGCUUGUGAGACGAGCAAGCUUAGAACCGCCGGGGAUCUCAAUUACCCGUCUUUCUCCGUCGUUUUCGGAUCUAACGACGGUGUUGUUAAGUACAGGAGAGUUAUUAAGAACGUGGGGAGCAAUGUUGACGCGGUGUAUGAAGUCGGAGUUAAGGCUCCGGCGAAUGUGGAGAUCGAUGUGUCUCCGAGCAAGCUUACGUUUAGUAAGGAGACUAGGGAGAUGGAGUACGAAGUGACGUUUAAGAGCGUUGUGCUUGGAGGCGGAGUUGGAUCUGUUCCGGGUCAUGAGUUCGGGUCGAUUGAAUGGACAGACGGUGAACACGUGGUCAAGAGUCCGGUGGCCGUUCAAUGGAGUCAGGGGUCAGUUCAGUCAUUCUGAUUGAUGAUUAAAGUUGGGCUCUGCUUUUAUAUUUUCAUCAAAAAACAAUUGGGCUUGUUCAUGGGCCUAUAGUGAAUUGGGCUGAUCAGUUUACUCAUUGUUGAGCUCUUACUCUUGGGUUAGACCAUUUUAUGCAUGGGUGAAUGAGCAGGAAUAUCGAUUUGCAUUGUGAAAUGUUUGUGUAAUAAAACAGUCGAUUUCGAUAA